UUUUGGCCACCCUAGCUAGGGGGCUUGUUUUUGUACACAACUUUUGAUCACAUCAAAGAAUAACUUCACUCCCAAGUUAUGUUUUCCCUUCAAUACUCUUUAGUCUUAUUUCCUUCCUCCUUCACCAUAUUAAUUGCCAAAAACUUAUCUACAUUUCUCUCACAAUUACUAUAUCACAAAUCAAAGCCAACGAAAAAGAUAAAAAAAAAAAGAAGAACUUUCUAGUAGUAUUUUGUUAUUUAAUUAAGGGAUGGUGAAGGUGACAAUUAUAGGGAGGGUCAGUGAUGGGAUGCCCUUAGCACAAGGUCCAAGAUUACAUGAAGAGAAUAAUGAUGUUUUAACAACUUACAAGAAACAAGCUGAGUUCAUUCUCAAGGAAAUUUCAUUACAAGCCUUGCCAGAUAACAAGAUGACCAUUCUUGUAGAUCACCAUUGCUUCAACUACAUGGUUGAGAAUGGGAUUUGCUACCUGACCUUAUGCGAAUCGUCGUACCCAAGAAAGCUUGCCUUCCAUUAUCUACAAGAUUUGCAGCAGGAGUUUGAAAGAUUAGAUAGCAGCCUUGUUGACAGGAUUACAAAACCAUAUACCUUCAUUAAACUUGACACUAUCAUUGGCAACAUUAGGAAGCAAUAUGUGGAUACAAGAACACAGGCAAAUUUAUCUAAACUAAAUGCUCAUCGUCAAAAGGAGUUAGAUAUCGCGACAGAGGAAUUAUCACAAAUAACAGAGAGAAGGCGAAGAAUAAAAAUGAUGGAACGAAUGAUGGAGGCUCAUAUAAGUACUUCUCCUAUUUGGGAGUCUAAAAGGCUUGAGAUGAUCGCGCUGAAAUGGACACCAAUUACAAUCCUUCUUGUUGUUGCUUCUGUUCUUCUAUGGACUGGCUUAAUCCUCCAAGAUGAUUUUCGAUAAUGGUGAAGUGAACUUUGGACUUUCUAAAGCCAUAGUCAAGAAAGUGGACAUAAAAGCAACUAGCAGAUUGUUCAUAUUGUUAUUAUUGUGAUUUGAUGCCUCAUUCAUAUAUGUCCAGCAGAUCGAUCGAUCACUUCAUGCAUUGAUUCUUAAGUUGUUAACUUAUUAGACUACUUUGCACUUGUAGCACCUGUGAAAUCAAAUAAAAACUAUAUUCGUCAUUUUGUUA